AUGCGUGUUCUAUCGGCCGCAGCAUCGUGUGGUGGCGAGCAUACUUUCACAUGCUACCAGAAGGCGCAGACAGUUGUCGCCUUCCACCCGAUCGUGCAGCCGAUCUUCAUCACAGCAGGUGCAACACCCGCACUUGCACAAGCGAGGGCCUCUCGUGACUCACGCCGGCAAGAGCGCCUGCCCAGUUGCCGUGCCCAAGUAACACCAGACAUCAAUGAUACAGCAUCUUCUACCCGCCAGCGGCACUACGACAAAGGACACGAUGGCAGAGCUGAAGGCGGUGAAAGCGAGACAUCACGGUCUGGGCCACGAUGGCGUUUUCCCCCAGGCCACUCGUCUGUCUGUUUGUGCUUCUGUCCCCGUCUCCUUGCUGAUGACAAAAUUGCAUUUCGAAGUGCCGUGCUCAGCCCGCCUACUCCAUAUGGGGUCCGGGGCGCUAUUGCUUGUAGCGGCAGUCGGCAGGCUUUCGGCCCUGUCCCUGCUGUCAGUCUAGCCGUAUACUCCAUGCCUGUACUCCAUGCCUGGGCCGUGGCAAGGGCCAUGACCACGACAUGGUCCAAGGGCAGAAAAGAUGGAAAACUGCACAAGCAGGGUUCUCUCUGCGUCCCGUCCAUGCAAGCCCCAGACACGCAAUUUCCUCCUAUAUCCCACGAGCACGGGGCACGUCUAGAAUCUUCCGCCGACCUUCCAGACGGGCUUCCAGACGGGCUUCCAGACGAGCUUCCAGACGAGCUUCCAUCGAGCCAAAAGGAGCCAGAAGGCGGGCAUCGCAUCCUCGGAAGGACCUUCGCUUGGGACUCGGCAGACAGACGAGAUGGCGGCUGCUCGAUGCCUGGGCCAAUGCCCGUAAGCGUUCCAACGUAUAUUGCCUGCAUCGGCUCUAGCACCAUGUACAAUGCCAGACCCUAG